AUAUAGGCCUCAUUUAUCGCAGCCUAUUAGCCAUUAACUAUUAAAUUAUUGUAAAUUAGAAAAAAAAAUGAUAUGAAAAACCGACAAAAUAAAAUUAGUACCAGUUAUUAAAUUUAAUGCUGAACUAUUUGUGUUAGUUGUGUUAAAAGACUUAAACAGUAUGGCCACGGUCGCGGAAUAUAUUUAUGAUAUUAUAGAGGAGAAGUCAGAUAAAAGGGUGUCUGAUUGGGUUUUCAUGUCAAGCUCAAAGCCCACAAUUGCCAUAAUUGUAAUCUAUUUGGCCCUAAUAUACUUGAUUUUACCCUCGUACAUGAAAAAUAGAAAGCCUUAUGACUUAACAUCAGUUAUCAGAGCCUAUAACAUAUUUCAAAUACUUAGCUGCAUCACCCUUAUAUACUGGAUAGCAACUUCAGGUUGGGUGCAAGGCGAGUAUAGUCUAGGCUGUCAACCGAUUGACUAUUCCAAUAAUCCAAAAGCUCUAUCGUUGCUUCAAGCUUUUCACUGGACGUAUUUUUUGAAAAUUACCGAAUUAGUUGAGACAGUAUUCUUUGUUCUUAGGAAAAAGUUUAAUCAGGUUUCCAACCUUCAUGUGUACCAUCAUGCCUCAACUGUCGCUUUGGCUUGGUUCGGUUGUAAGUUUAUUGGAGGUGGGAUGGCAUCUUUACCAAUAAUGCUAAAUAGUUUUAUUCAUAUUCUUAUGUAUUUGUACUAUUAUUUGGCCAGUUUGGGACCUAAAUGGCAAAAGCGACUGUCGCCAUGGAAACCAAGACUUACAAUAGCUCAAAUGGUACAAUUCACAUUAUUAAUAAUCCAUGCUAUAGGAUUCCUGCAACCAAGCUGUGAUGCUCCUCGAGUUUUCGUGAUGUUUUAUCUCCCCAAUGUGGUCCUCAUAUACAAGAUGUUUUAUGAUUUCUAUAAGAAAUCUUAUAAUAACAAACAAAAACAAGCGUAAAUGCAAUAAGGAUUAGUAAAUGGGAGUUUUUUUAAAUAUAUUUGUAUUUACUUUUUGUAUAACUGUGAUACCUCAUUAUUACAAUUUUAUUUCUAUCAAGAAAUUGGGCGAAAAUUUUCCAACAACUGAUGAUUGUUAUUUAAAUAAUGACACAAUUAAACGUUUGUUAAUUAUUCAGAAAAUUGUCUGAUGAACUAGCAAAAUUUCUAAUACAGGAUAUUUGCAUGUAAUGAAAUGAAACUGUUUGGUAAAAGUAUGUACUGUCUAGAAAUGAAUGUAGGAUAAUUUAAAUUCCAUGUGUAUUGUAUAUAUACUUUAUGCAAAUAGUAGUUAAAUAAAUUGUUCCAAAUUUUAAA